AUUUAAAAAAAAGGGAAAAACAAAAGUAGGGGAGCUUCAUUUUCCGAAGGGAGAAAGAGCUAGCGAGAAUGGCAGUGAGACAGAGGGGGAUGGCAACCUUGCCAAAGCUGAUACAAAGUCUCAGGAAGGAAGCGACAAGGCAACAGAACCAAACUUUGCCGUCUUUGAGAAGAGCUUUUUCUCUUUAUGAUCAAAUCAAUCUCAUUGAUAACGUCCCCGAUGAUCAGCUUCGCUUUCAAGGAUAUGAUGACACAGGAUUCACAGUCAAUAAGGUUCGGCACGAGGGUAGCUUGCUUUGUGUAGGGAACUUGGUGAUGUCGUGGAGCCCGAAAAAGUUUUCUGAGAUCACUGCCGAUAGUUUGUCCAUCUUUAAGACAGUGUGGCCAAUUUCAGGUGAGUAAUUAAUUAUGUGCAGAAGAAAUCUGAUAUCUCCUAUUUCCUAGAACCAAUCAUCUUUAACAGCGAAUUAA